CUCGUGCAGUGAUUCGAUCUGCAUGCUCCCAGAAUGCACCAGUAAUGAUUUUAUUUCUCUGAUUAAUCGAUGUAAAGUCGAUCAGAGAGCACUCUGAGCGCAGAGACUCGACUUGCCUGUGUGGGGAGCGCUUUCAUUCAUCACACCCACACAGUGAUCACUGCAGGGCUGCUUCCCCUUUAACGCAUGACGCAGCUCAACUGGUGCCCCACUUUGCGUGAGCAGCGGCAGUGUGCGGGAGUCUGCGGGAUCUGUUGUUGCGUUCGGCUCGGUGCGGGGACUGUCGGUGCUUCUGUGGAGCCUCAGCUGCCCCCCUCGACAUGGACUUCUUACUGGGGAAUCCGUUCAGCACGCCGGUGGGACAGCGCAUCGAGACUGCGACCGGCUCCAGCCUGCCGUCAGAUGACUGGGCCCUCAACAUGGAAAUCUGUGACUUGAUCAACAGCGCAGAGGAAGGGCCCAGAGACGCCAUCAGAGCCUUGAAGAAAAGGAUUGUGGGAAACAAGAACUUCAAGGAGGUCAUGCUGGCGCUCACUGUUCUCGAGACCUGCGUGAAAAACUGCGGCUACAGGUUUCACAUCCUGGUGACCACACGGGAUUUUGUUGAAGGAGUUCUGGUGCGGUCGAUCAUCCCGAGAAACAACCCUCCUUUAGUCCUCCACGACCGAGUGCUCAGCAUCAUACAGGCGUGGGCCGAUGCAUUCCGCAGCUCACCUGACCUGACGGGUGUGGUGUCCGUGUAUGAAGACCUGCGGAGGAAAGGACUGGAGUUCCCCAUGACAGAACUGGACGGUUACACACCGGUCCAAGCCCCAAAGCCAACUGUGUCUGCAAACGGGCCUGUUGUAACUACUCUUCCUGCUGGGCUCCUUUCCUCCAAACCUCCAAUCAUCUCACCAGCAACUUCUGAACUCAAACUGGCCUUAGAGGGAUCCCAUGCCUUCACUCCCAGCCAGGUUAAAACCCUGAAAGCAGAGCUGGGAGUGGUUCGAACCAACCUGACCAUGAUGUCAGACAUGAUGAGUCAGCUGGAUCCGGUCACGGUAAAACAAGCAGACAUGGAGCUGCUGGAGUUAUACGCAGUUUGUAAGGAAAUGCAGGAGAGGAUAGUGAAGAUCGUCCCGAGACUCAGCGAGGAGAAGCUGAUUGAAGAGCUGCUGGCGACUAACGAUGAGAUGAACACCACCUUUACCCGCUACCAAAGGUUUGAGAAAAGAAUAACAAACGGUCAAGACACAGCACAGAAGAGCCACAACUACGUCAACCUGUUAGAUGAGGAUUUGACAGGCGAGUCCGGUGUUGCAUCAAUGUCCAACGACAGCUCGCUCAGCCACUCGAAAUCGGACAGUUUGUCCAGUCAGAUGGCGAGACUUUGUACAAGUGAAUCCGAUGACACUUUAUCACAGAAGAUGAACAUACCAACCCAACAAAGACUAAGCGAGCAGAGUGAAGCGGCAGUGGACGGCCUGGCUCAGGCUCAGAACAUCAGACUACAAAACCCUGGAAAGGAUGGCAGCCCAGCCUCCACCUGCAGCUCCUCACCAAAGUUAGAUUGGAUGAUUAAAAGGGGAAUGAUUCCUAUCAACCAGUCCAACGUUAUGGAUGAUAUUGAGCAAUGGCUCGAGCUGGACGACGAGUUUGACGACUUUGAGGAUUCAGACGGUGUGACCAGUGAAGAGUUCGACAAGUUCUUGGCAGGAAGAGCCAAAGCAGCUGAACGCCUGCCGUCGCUGAGCGCCGCCUCGCAGGAAAACGACCACUCCGAGUCUUAAACUGCACUUUUAACCCGCCACACUAACAGCACUCAUGAAGCGUCGGCUGAGACGUGGAGAUUCCUUUUAAAGAAAUGGUUCGAUGGCACAUUUGAUGUGGGGGAUGUGACCCAUGUCUGAGGGAGGUUGUCAUAGUUACUGCUAUUUACCCGGUGGGGGGGGGGGGGGGGGGGGCGUUUUUUAAUCUGAUAAAUAAUGUUCCUCGCUCAAGGCGAGCGGGUGUUUUUAGCUUACAUUGUUACGAGGGUUUGUCUAUGUGUUGAAUGCAAACAUUUGCACAUUUUCUAAGGUUACAUUCCUGCUGUUGAAGGAUAUUGUUACUUCUUUUGUUAAAUAGAUGAUGUAUAAUAAUGCUGUAAUAUAAAUAAUGUCAAAUAUGUGAAUGGAAGAAAAAACCCCUGUGGACGUAGCACAACACUGUAAAGUUGUAUGUAAGAGGAGAUCCUUACGUAAUGGAAUAGUUUGAUGUAAAAGAAAACUGGAUGUUUUUUUUCUGAAUCCGUCCUCCUCCUCUGGUGUCUUACUUGAAGUUUAACAGGAAGGUCGUCACAGACGGCUGUCGUAGAUUAAACUGAAGCGUUUACCCGUACAUUUGUCUUUUUUGUUAUUCUAAGCUGAGCGUUAAGAUUUCUUAAAGUUAUCAAAUAAAUGGCUUUGCAGG